CCGAGCGCUGUGCCCGGUCCUGCCGUCUGCAGCCCGGCCCACCCGGUGUUUGGACAUGGAAGGGGCCGCUGCGCCCGCGGCCGGGGACGGCCCGGACUUGGGGCCGGGGGCUCCGUGCUCUCCCCCGGAGGCGGGGGCGGGAGCGACUGCAGCCUCCGCGGUGGCGGGGGCGGCCACGGAGCCCAGGAAGCCGCACGGGGUGAAGCGGCAUCACCAUAAACACAACUUGAAGCACCGCUACGAGCUGCAGGAGACCCUGGGCAAAGGCACCUACGGCAAAGUCAAGAGAGCCACCGAGAGGUUUUCAGGCCGAGUGGUUGCUAUAAAAUCCAUUCGUAAGGACAAAAUUAAGGAUGAACAAGACAUGGUUCACAUCAGACGAGAGAUUGAGAUCAUGUCAUCCCUCAGCCAUCCUCAUAUCAUCAGUAUUUAUGAAGUAUUCGAGAACAAAGAUAAGAUUGUGAUCAUCAUGGAGUAUGCAAGCAAAGGGGAGCUGUACGAUUACAUCAGCGAGCGGAGACGCCUCAGCGAGCGGGAGACCAGGCACUUCUUCCGGCAGAUCGUCUCCGCUGUGCAUUAUUGUCACAAGAACGGUGUGGUCCACCGGGACUUGAAGCUGGAAAAUAUACUGCUCGAUGACAGCUGUAAUAUUAAGAUUGCUGACUUUGGGCUUUCCAACCUGUACCAGAAGGACAAGUUCUUGCAGACGUUUUGUGGGAGUCCACUCUAUGCUUCUCCUGAGAUUGUCAAUGGGAGACCUUACCGUGGGCCAGAGGUGGACAGCUGGGCCCUGGGCGUGUUGCUUUACACUCUCGUUUACGGAACAAUGCCCUUCGAUGGUUUCGAUCACAAAAACCUCAUUCGGCAGAUCAGCAGCGGAGAGUACCGGGAGCCCACCCAGCCCUCAGAUGCUCGAGGACUCAUUCGGUGGAUGCUAAUGGUGAACCCUGACCGCCGGGCCACCAUUGAGGACAUUGCCAACCACUGGUGGGUGAAUUGGGGCUAUAAGAGCAGCGUCUGUGACUGCGAUACCCUCCACGACUCCGAGUCCCCGCUUCUGGCUCGGAUCAUUGACUGGCACCACCGUUCGACUGGACUACAGGCUGAGGCCGAAGCCAAAAUGAAAGGCCUGGCCAAACCCGGGGCCUCGGAGGUCAUGCUGGAGCGGCAGCGAUCCCUGAAGAAGUCCAAGAAAGAGAACGACUUUGCCCAGUCUGGCCAGGACUCGGUGCCCGAAAGCCCAUCCAAGGUGAGUUCCAAGAGGCCCAAGGGGAUCCUGAAGAAGAGAAGCAACAGUGAGCAUCGCUCACACAGUACCGGCUUCAUCGAAGGCGUCGCUGCGUCCACCUUACCCUCUGCUUUCAAGAUGGAGCAGGACUUGUGUCGGACUGGCCUGCCCCUCCCAAGCUCCCCCGAGGCAGACGUGCCUGGGAAUCUCAGCCCCAAACAGUCGGCCACCAUGCCCAAGAAAGGCAUCUUGAAAAAGACUCAGCAGAGAGAAUCCGGUUACUACUCGUCCCCAGAGCGCAGCGAGUCUUCGGAGCUAUUGGACAGUAACGAUGUGAUGGGUAGCGGCCUCCCUUCCCCCAGCCCCCCGGACCCAGCCAGGGUGACUUCCCACAGCCUCUCCUGCCGAAGGAAGGGCAUCUUGAAACACAGCAGCAAGUACUCAGCGGGUGCCAUGGACCCGGCUCUCGCCAGCCCUGAAAUGCCCACACUGGAAUCCUUGUCCGAGCCCGGUGUCUCCGCCGAUGGCCUCUCCCGGAGCUACAGCCGUCCUUCCAGCGUUAUCAGUGAUGACAGCAUCCUGUCCAGCGAUUCUUUCGACUUGCUGGAUUUGCAGGAGAAUCGCCCUGCUCGCCAGCGCAUCCGCAGCUGUGUCUCUGCUGAAAACUUCCUCCAGAUCCAGGACUUUGAGGGGCUCCAGAACCGGCCCCGGCCCCAGUACCUGAAGCGAUAUCGGAAUCGGCUGGCAGACAGCAGCUUCUCCCUUCUCGCGGACAUGGAUGAUGUGACUCAGGUCUAUAAGCAAGCGCUAGAGAUCUGUAGCAAGCUCAACUAGCGUGCCAGGGUGCAGGGGCGGGUGGGGGGUGCGAGGGAGGAAGGGGAGCAAGAUUUGGGCUCAUGGGCUGCUUACCUCUUUGCUGGCCAUAAUAGCCUGAAAAAGCAGUGGCACCAUCUCGAGUGCAGCCUUGAGCCACCACCUAAAAGGGAGAAGUGGGAUCUCUGCCAGUCCCACCAACUGCCAGUCAGAAUUUGGGUCCUACUUGGCAUUUGCCUUAUGGCACCUCCAAGAGGACCAACUGUCUGGGGAAGGUGGUGUUGACUUGGUGGUGAGGAAGCAGAUGCAGAGAGAGAGCAUUUCCCUAGACAUCAU